AUGCACUUCUCCAUCCCCGAGACCGAGACCCGCGCCGGCGACGGCGGAGCCGCCUACGUGGCUUACAACAUCCACGUGAAUGGGGUGUUGCACUGCCGAGUGCGCUACAGCCAGCUCCUGGGGCUGCAUGAGCAGCUAAGGAAGGAAUAUGGCGCUAACGUGGUCCCAGCCUUCCCCCCAAAGAAGAUCUUCACACUCACCCCAGCAGAGGUAGAGCAGCGACGUGAACAGCUGGAGAAGUACAUGCAGGCAGUGAGGCAGGACCCGACGCUGGGAGGCAGUGAGACCUUCAACAGCUUCCUGCGCAAGGCCCAGCAGGAGACACAGCAGAUACCUACAGAGGAGGUGGUGCUGGAAGUGCUGCUCUCCAAUGGCCAGAAGGUCAAGGUCACCAUUCUUACCUCGGACCAGACAGAGGAUGUCCUUGAGGCAGUGGCCUCCAAGCUGGAUCUGCCAGAUGAACUGAUUGGAUACUUUAGCCUCUUCCUAGUGAGGGAGACCAAGGAUGAAGCUUUCUCCUUCGUGCGGAAGUUGCAGGAGUUUGAGCUGCCCUAUGUGUCUGUCACCAGCCUGCACAACCCUGAGUUCAGGAUCAUCCUGCGCAAGAGCUACUGGGAUUCCUCAUAUGACGAUGAUGUAAUGGAGCAUCGCGUGGGGUUGAACUUGCUGUAUGCACAGACGGUGUCAGACAUUGAGCAUGGAUGGAUCCCUGUAAACAAGGAACAGCACCGGCAGCUGAAGUCCCUGCAGGAAAAAGUCUCCAAGAAGGAGUUCAUCCGGCUGGCACAGACCCUGAAGUACUAUGGCUAUCUCAAGUUUGACCCCUGCAUUACCGACUUCCCUGAGAAGGGUUGCCAUGUUGUGGUCAGUGCUGGCAACAACGAGCUCAACUUCCAGGUGCGGCUGCCCAGCGAGCAGAUCAAGGAGGGCAGCUUCAAGGUCACACGCAUGCGGUGCUGGCGCGUCACAUCCUCGGUGCCUAUGAGCAACGGUCCCUCAGGGAGCAGUCCAGGGAAGUCUGAGGUGAAGCUGGAGUUGGCUUUUGAGUAUCUAAUGAGCAAGGAUCGACUGCAGUGGGUUACCAUCACCAGUCCACAGGCAAUCAUGCUGAGCAUCUGCCUGCAGUCCAUGGUGGAUGAGCUGAUGGUCAAAAAGUCUGGAGGCAGCAUCCGCAAGAUGUUUCGGCGGCGGGUAAACGGGGCCCUGCGGCGCUCAGAGAGCCAGCAAGCUGUGAAAUCACCCCCACUGCUGGACUCACCCGAUGCCUCCCGGGAACCAAUGGCCAAACUCUCGAGCAAGCUCACCUCUGUCAGCCUGCGAGGGAUUAGCCACUCCAGCUCAGCUAACGACGUGGGUGCCAACGACUUCCAUGGCAAUUAUGCCUUUGAGGGCAUCGGUGACGAAGAUCUGUAGUGACCCUGCUCCUUCCUCGGGCAGCACUAGCCGAGGGCCUUCGCUGAGGAAUGUAUGACCUGCAGCCAGGUUGCAAUCGAUGUGCCUCUCACCCGCUCCAUCCACCUUCCCCUGCUCCCUAGGGCUAAGCUCUCAGCCCAUCGAUGCCUUCCUUUGGGCCAGGGGCAGCUGACCUCCUCCUGCUGCUGGCUCUAGCUGGGAGAAGGGCUUGUUCCAACCCAAGCAGCAUGUCCAGGCUGAACCCUGGAGCAGUGUGGUGGGGAGCAGAGCUGCCCCUGCCCCAAGUGCCCAGCUGUGCAGGAGGGCAGAUGCCCCGGGUGGCACUGAGCAGCCACUCUUGAGGCUCUGUAAAGGCCAAAUUAGCAUUUAGGUUUCUGCUGGGAAACUGCAGUAAGCUGUCUCCAGGGGGAGGCCCUGCACAGAGCCCCCUCUCUAACCCGCUCAUAGACUCCAGCAUAAUCUAGGCUUUAUAACCACCUAUUUCCUGCUGCUCAGACCGACCAGAGCAUUAAUGGACAGUAACUGAUGUUUACACACUGCAAUGAUGAU